AUGAUGAAGCACACAAUUAUCUUGAUCAUUCUUGCAUCUUUGUGGACUUGUUAUGAUGCAAUAGACACACUGAAACCAGGGGACACUCUCAAUUCCACAAGUUCCUUGGUAUCAGCAUUAGGCAAGUUCACUUUGAAUUUCAUUACAAAACCUGUCGGCAAUUCGGAAAUGAGCUUUCUUGCUAUCCUGCGCAUCAAAACUGAAGCAAACAAAGCAUGGAUUGCGAACCCACACUCACCUGUUUUAUCCUCUUCAUCCCCACUUCUUACCUUGGACUUCAAUAACACAUUGAAAAUUACUCACCGAAAUGGACACCCUUUUAUCCUUUCUGCUCCAAACACUACUAGUAUUACUAGUGUUGUGGCUACCCUUUUGGAUUCCGGCAAUUUUGUCCUUCAAGAAGUGAGCCCUGUCAAUGGAUCCACGAUCCAAAUCUUGUGGCAAAUUUUUGAUUAUCCAAUGGACACAUUUUUACCAGGCAUGAAAUUGGGUGUUGACCAUAUAAAUGAGCACGUUUGGUCUCUUUUAUCAUGGGGGUCUAGCGACAACCCUGUGUUGUCGGGGCCUUUCAGCCUUGAUUGGGAUACCAAUGCACACCAAUUGAAAAUUAAGAAAAGUGGGGUUAUUUUUUGGACUUGCGGGGUCUUUGCAGAGGGGAGAUUCGAAUAUAUUAAGCAGAGGUACAAUUUUAGCAUCGUUUCAAAUCAAAACGAAGACUACCUCACUUAUACUAGUCUAGAUGAUCCAAAUGAUCCUGAGCCAGAAUGGGUGCUAUACACCAGAGGUGCACUUUAUGAGUAUGGUGCCCAAGUUGAUAUUAUACGAGCACAAAACUGUGAUGGCUAUAACACUGUCGGAGGGUGUGUGAGAAGGGACCGCCCAAGCGAUUGUGUUGGGAAAUUAGGUGAUGAUUUUGAGAUUAAAAAAGGUAACUUCACGAUCAUCAAUUCUGCUAAUGCUUCGAGACCUGCGAACUGGAUUGGUACUGGUAGCGAAGAUUGUAAAGUUACUUGUUGGCAAAACUGUGACUGCCUUGGAUUCGACUUUCCAUUUGGAAAUCAGACUACUGGUGCAGGAUGCCGAUUUUGGAGUGUGGACUGUGCAUUCAUUGAAGACCUCAGUACUGCAACUCAUAGUUUUGUUGUGCCAAACUCAGUAACGCUGCCACCAAAAUCACCAGAUUCACCACCUCGCGGAAAGAUUAAUGCAACGCAUAAGGGGUUAUGGAUUGGCACUUCUAUUGCCGCUCUACUGGUAAUUGGGUUUUGCAUAUUGUGCUAUCGACCAAGAGGAACAAAAUUUAUGCUUUCAGCAGGCAAGAACGGGACAAAGAUUCAGAAAAUAUUGCUUAAGUUCAUGAAAUCUGAAAGACCUACUGAUCAUGUUAUUGCGAUUGAAAAUGAUCAUGGAAAUAUUAGACACCCUGAUUUAAGCGUAUUUACCUAUGAAUCUGUCUUGGCUGCCACAAGCAACUUCUCUGAAGCAAACAAGCUCGGCCAAGGGGGCUUUGGUCCUGUUUAUAAGGGGAAAUUGGCAACAGGACGAGAAGUAGCUGUGAAGAGGCUUUCAAAAUGUUCAGGACAAGGCACGGUGGAGUUUAAGAAUGAAUUGAUACUCAUAUAUGAACUCCAACAUACGAACCUUGUUCAGCUAUUUGGAUUUUGCAUUCAUGAAGAAGAGAAGAUGUUGAUAUAUGAGUACAUGCAGAACAAAAGCUUGGACUACUUUUUGUUUGAUUCCAUUAGAUGUCUGCAACUAGAUUGGAAGAAGCGUUUCGGUAUGAUUGAAGGAAUCACUCAAGGAAUGCUUUACUUGCACAAAUACUCGCGAACGAAAGUAAUUCAUAGAGAUCUAAAAGCUAGUAACAUAUUACUUGACGAAAAUAUGAACCCCAAAAUUGCAGAUUUUGGAAUGGCAAGGAUUUUCACCCAGGAACUAGAAGCAAAUACUGUGAGGGUUGUUGGGACUCGUGGUUAUAUGCCCCCCGAGUACAUCAUGGGAGGAAAUUUUUCCACAAAAUCUGAUGUCUACAGUUAUGGAGUGUUAAUGCUUGAAAUUAUAAGUGGGAGGAAAAACAACAGCUUCUACAAUGAAGAUCGUGUGCUCAACUUAGUAGGACAUCUAGGAGGUCGGAUCCACGUCAAAUCUAUAUUUCCAUUGCAAGAACGAGAUCAUCCUCAUCAUGUUUCCAUUUCGCAACGGGAUCCUCUUUAG